CUGCCGCUAAGUUUGUGCAGAAGUCGCUCUCCGCGCGUGCGAUGGCGCCUCCGGGAAUAUUUUGGUCAAAGGCUCAAACCUAAAUAUUUUCUCUCCUUCUUCGAACUCGUGCCGAAGCCCGAGGUUAGUAGGUGAACACGAAUGUACGGGGGAACGAGGGCGAGUGAGCGAGGGAGGAGGAGGAGGCUACAGCAAGGGCCGGGCCUAAGCCAACAGAGGGCGGAGAGAGGCGAGGCGCCCACUGGGGGAGCCCUGAGCCAAGCCGCUUCAUCUUCCGCCUCCGCUAUUGUUUAUGGUUCCAUUACAGAAGCUGGUCCACCACCAUCAAUUUUCACCACCAACAACAACAGCAGCAGCAGCAGCAACACUCCCGACAUCAACAACAACGACAACAACAACAGCAGCAGGGAGAAGCUGGUGUAUCAACUCAAGUGUCUCCAUCUUCGUCUGUCAGCGAGCGAGCGAGCGAAGCGUUAAAGUUCUGCAAGAAGGUGUUUACAGCCUGACAGUACAACAAUGAUGGGCUUCGGCGGGACGCGACGUGGGGGCCGCGCGCCCCCUCUGGUCCUGGCCGCCCUGCUGGUGGUGUCCACCGUGCUGGCCUUCAACUACUGGAUCGUGUCUGGCCGCAACAACCACCUGACCGAGGAGCUGGAACAGUUGGGCAUGGAGAAGCACCGGCUCGAGGCGGCCAAGGUGCGUGUGGAGAAACGCACGGCCGAGCUCUCGGGCCAGGUGGAGAACCACCGCGUGGAGGUGCAGAGCAAGAAGGACGAACUCAUGCAAGCCGGCAGCCUGCUCAGGGACAAAGAGCGAGAACUCCACCAGUGCAUGGGAGAGAAGAGUCUAAUGGCAAGGAACAUUUCUGACACGCAAGUUUCAUUUAAAAAAAUUCAAGGCGAAUUUGUUGAGCUGCAGAGAGAGUACAUCAGAUUACAGGGAGAAAUGGAUGCAUACAAACGGAACUCCUCUUCACUCCAGCAAAGACUGGAAUAUAACAGCUUUCAGUGUAACCAGCAGCUGACUUCCCUGAAAGAUCAGUAUGAAGAAAAACUGGAAGCUCUCAAGAAAGAAAACAGCAAACUCAAGGCAGAAGCAGUGGAAAAGAAAGAAAGAGAUAUUCCACCGAAGGCACCUGAGAAAGAAAAAGUGAAUGCUGCAAAGCCAGAGCAGAAUGUAGGUGAAAAGGUGAAGGUUGAAAAACUAGAGACGAACGACAUCCCAGCAGAGCAGGCAAAUGUGUCACCUGAUGGUGAGCAGGGAAAACUGGAAAAGAAAGAAGGGGAUGCAGGGAUGCCAGACAUUGUAGAAGAAACAGAGAACAAGAAGAAACCCGAUGAUGAUGAACAGAAGGCCGUUGUUGAGGAACCUGAUAAGAAAAAGGAAGACACUGUUAAUGAUGGCAAAGUCGUAAAAGUAACAUCACCCAAGCAGAAUAAACCUCCACGUGUAACCGAGAGCAAAAAAGCACCAAAAGUUGUAAUCGGGAAUCCAGGUCCUGCGCCAAAGGGUGGGAAGACAACCGUAGUUAUGAUGGUGCCCCCCAAGGAGGAGGACAAGAUUGAGCAAGGUCUGGAACAGGUGGAGAAAGCCGAUGAAGCCGAGGAUCACGAGCCUGGCAAGCCGGGAAAAUCCGGCCGCCUCUCCCGCGAAUCGGUGGCUGGGGCGGCCGGGGCUCCUGCGCGGUCGGGGCCUAGUCAGGCAGACCCAGCGCAGGCCAGUAGAGCCGACUACGAGGGCGACGGGGGUAAUGUGGGUGAGUACGAGGCAGACAAGCAGGCUGAGCUGGCCUACAAUGAGGAGGAGGACGGGGACGGAGGGGAGGAUGACAACCAAGGUGAGCGGGGUUGGCAGCCCCGUGCAGGGAAACCCAAGGAUGACGAAGAUGGGGCCAUGGGUGCGGAUCGUAACCCAGGUUAUGCAAACAGGCCUGACGCUCCAGCCGACAAUGACUUUUGAAACACGGUGACGAAAAAGGGCGAUUACACUGUUGAGACGGGAAAACUAAAAUAAUCUACUAGUUUUUUCUAACACUUUUGUUUUAUCUAAAACUUUGGGGGUGUCUUUUGGGUUUGUAAUUGCAAAGAAACGUUGUGGUUCAAUAGCGGAAUGGGUUAAAUAGAGUAUAUAAGUUAUAUUUUUAAAAGUAAAAACUGGUAACUGUUGAUCUCAAAAGGUUCCACUGGGUUAUGAUCAUUAUUGUAGGUCUGAAAAGCAGAUCCCAUGUUUACAUAUUAGCAGAUGUAUAAUUGCAUGUGGCUUUAACGCCAUGGUACACAUAUAUUUUUACAAAUGUGCUGGUAGUUUAACGUUGGGUAAUGUGCCACAAAAAAAACAACUUAUUUACCAAUAUAAAAGAAAGGCCAACUAACGUUUUUUUAAUGUAAAAAAGUAGGCACAGACCACAUGUCUGGCAACAUCUAGUCUUAGCCAGGGACUCACAAAUCAACAUUUGAAUUGAAUUCCAAAGGGAAUGCAACACAGGGUUGCAAUGUAAGUGGCAGUCUAACUUCCUGCACUUUUGGGAGAUAAUGCAAUACAUCUUGAUUUAAAGCUUUCGUGACUGCAGGAAUUCAUAACUCUUGGGUCUUUCGGUAAAGUCGCGUAAAUAAAAAAUAAUAGAUCACGACGUUUCGAUUGCAACAAGUGAUCGAAAUGUCGUGAUCUAUUAUUUUUACGAUUGCUUGUGUUGCGAUGGAAACGUUGUGAUCUAUUGUUAUGUAUUUACAUGACUUAACUGAUAGACCCAAGAGUAUGAAUGCAAUACAUUUUCAGUUGAUUCACAAUUUAGGUAAAUCUACAGGUCCAUAUGUAUUGCUUUACACACAGAAAUUGGACGUUUUUAAAAAUGUCAACGUGGUUUCAUGUUUUAUUACAUUCAGAUAUGUAAAAACCCUUUAACGUUACAGCAGAAAAUAUUAGUGAACAAGUACUCUUUUUCCAAGUUUUGUUGUCAACAAUUAAAGGGUGGGAAAAGGCCCGAAAUUUUUGGGAGAAAAAUAAUUAUGUGGUUAUUGCCGCCAUGUGCAUUUCUAUUUGUUUGCAAAUUAUAAAUAUUUAUAUUGGCAUCUGAGACAACACAAUGCGUUGUAAACUGAUCCAUUGACUUAUUUGUUAAAGCCUCUUUUCUAUGAAAACAUUGAUGGGGCACUCUGGGCAGCCAUAUUGUAUAUAAGCAACAUUAAAAAAUUCAUUACCCUCUAAUCCAUCAACUGCGCUAUGGUUUUAACUAAUUGACAGAUAAUUCACUGGUGUACAGAACUCGGUGUUUAACACAGACAGGUAUUUUUUGUAAAGCAAACCUAAGUUUUGUUGGUCUUCACAAAAAGAAAACAACGGAUGCACAGAGAGCACUUUUGUUAUGAUUUUUUACAGCACUCCUUUGAUGUUGCCAAACGUUUAUUCCGCAUACGUCUCUAUGAUGGUAAAUCCACAUGGUGUGAUCAGUCAAAGCCCUGUCAUCAGUUUUACUCCUUGGGGUUUAAGAUCCGUAAAAGAAUACAUUUCCUUCCAAAUGUCUGCUUCUUCAAACACAAACUGUUUGGUGCAGUUUGUGUGUACGGUUUUCAUUGACAGUGACAAAGUGGAAAAAUUGGCCAAAUUGUAGCAUAUCUUUGAAUCACAGUACAUGGUUAAUGUCCGCAUAUGUUUUGUCUGUGGCCUGUAGCAUGUUAUUAUAAUAUAGCUUGCUGUUAUCUUUUGGAAAACGUUACAUUACAAGUGGGCUCUAAAUGACGAUUAUAUCUAAAUUUGGUGUAUUUCCAUAAUUGCAGCCAUUGUAAACAUUUGCAUCUCAAGGCGAUUAAAGCCGCUGCUGGGUUUGGCAACACCAGGUGUUGUCAUAGCUACAGUAAACAAGCUUGUGGUCAGGUUAUUGCAUGGGUUACACCCUUUUUGAAGAAUAAUAUACAUUUUGUAAAACUGAUUUGUUCCACCCGAAUGUAUUCGCAUGUCUGGUUCCCACUUAGUUUAGUUAAGUAUUGGCCACGAUGUUACAUGGCCACGGUGUCCAAGAAAGACAACCUGCAUCAAUUACGGAAUGAAGCACGUUGCUCGUGCGGCUAAUGUGACUUUGUUUAAUAAAACUACAAUGGGUGGGCUUGAGGCACAAAUUAGCCUUCCAAUUUUGUCCAAUUUCAGAUGGUGAAGAGAGAUGAAUUUGAACUUUGAUGACUGGGAAAGUGUUUGUGGCAUUCUUUAAAUGUAAUCAGGGGUAAAAUGAAAACCUAUGAGUUGGUCCAUUUAAACGUUUUUUUUAACACCAAUUCCACAUGUUUAUCGAUAGUAAUGUAUUCUAGUCAAUAUUUAAGGUUGAGUGUUGUUGGCUUGAAAAGUACAAGUUGUGUGAUGGCCUCUAAAACUCUGAGGCAGAGCAAUAUUUUGGGCUUGUUGCUGACAGGUUGCUAUUCAGCGAUUCACCAAGGCAUACGCAGUUGCAAGCAAAUAAUGUAAUUAUGUAAAAGCAUCCUUAUUUAUAUUGUCUGUAUUUAUAGACCUUUAUGUACUGAUGCAUGCGCCAUGAUCCACAAAUGGAGCCAUUUUGUCACAACAGAUUGCAGAUUGUUCCUGCAUUCGCCUCCUAUUCAUGGGCAGAGUUAACCAAGAAACCUGCCAUGAUGGACUGUAAUUGUAUAAGCAUUGGACACAUUGACAAGUGCAAUUGAUCACCCCCUCCAGUUCAUUCGUUUCAUGCCCAUCAUAACAAAUUCGAUCAAUAACGAUCAUUUUAGGCAUAGUCCCACGCACUGUCAGUAUUGGUGCUUAAAUUAUCAGGUGUGCACUGUUCCUCUAACAAACUCCGCUGGAGCAGAUGAGUGAGGCAUCGUCUGCUCUUUGAACACCAGUUGGUGUUGUUGGCCUGGUCGAGAUAGCCCAGGGGUGGCCAACCAAAAUAACAAGAAGAGCCAUUUGUUUUCUAAUUCGGUAAAAAGCUCACUAUUUUAAGAGCUGCAAUGCAUGUGGAUACAAGACGGUCCAGAAUAAAUAACGUCAGGAAGCAAUCCUUAAAGAGCCGCAUCUGGCUCCGAAGCAGCAGGUUGCCUACCCCUGGGCCAGACGGAGAACGACCCCCCCCCCCCCCCCCCCACGUUGGUUUGCUGUGUGGCAGCUGCCACCCUGUAUGGAUACGGUCUCGGCAUCGCCACGAUACCCGUGGUUUUCUUGACCCUGGUGGAAAUGUCUCCACUAACUGCAGUUUCAUCUUAGCAUCUGCCGAUGACACUCGUUGUGGAAGCAUUCCACAGUUGGAACCACAUGCUCUCUGGAGAUUAACUGAUGUGUUUUAUUGGUGGUAAUACAAUCACACAGAUUAAAAUGUAUGAAAUUGGGUAGUGAGAGACUGGUAAACGACCACCAAUGCUUCAUUGCUGCUUUGGGAGAGGCGUUCAUGUCAUGCUCUGAGAGUUGGGAUUUUGUUUUAAUAUCUUGUAAUAACGUCGACGUGGUCGAGGGAAAAACAACUCAGCUUGAAGGCUUAACCGUUGUAAAACUAUGUGAUUAAGACUGAUUAAGUAUGCCACCUGGCUUGCAUGUGUGUAUGCAUUUUGGUAGUAGCAUUUUAAUACCGAUAUUGCUUUGUGACACUUGUAGUACGUACUGUAUUGCCAUUUAUCGCAGCUUGUUUAUGGACCAACAUUUUUGCCUCGCUACAAAAGGGUGUGUAUAUUUGUUGCAAAAAAAUUAAAAUGUCUUGAGAUAUUUUAGUAAUAUUUAUAGAUGUGUAUAGGAAAAUGGUUAAUGUUUUUUUUAAACCCAAAUGUGAAAAUGGUAAUUAUUUUUAAGGUUCAUUGUCUUCAGGAUAUGUAAUUCCUGUCAUGUGCAUCUGUCCACAUGUUACAGCAUUCGCAGAACAUGUUGCUUGUUUUUGUGGGGUGACAAGGGUUCAUGUUUUUUGUUUCUCUGCAGUACCCUAAAUUAAAGUUGAUUACUCCAUGGCUAUAA